AUGCUACGUGAACUCAAGAAAAUCGCAGAAAUGAAUAAGGUAUAUCGUUCCUAUAUUGGAAUGGGCUACUACGAUACAAUUGUACCAGCCGUUAUCCUUCGAAAUAUCACUCAAAACAUUGGAUGGAUUUCGCAGUAUACUCCUUACCAAGCGGAAAUUUCUCAAGGACGUCUAGAAUCCCUGCUUAACUAUCAGACCAUGAUAGCCGAUUUGACUGGUCUCCCGACGACUAAUGCCUCUCUCUUGGAUGAAUCAACGGCGGUCGCCGAAGCAAUUGCUUUGGCAGCUAGGUUCACGAAAAGAAAUAAGGUGCUGGUUGAUCCCUACCUUCAUCCGCAAAAUCUCGAUGUGGCAAAGACGCGCAGCAGACCUCAUGGAAUUGAGUUGUCGGAGUUGAAUUUCGACAAUUUCAAUGUGAGCAAAGAUGUUGCAGCCGUGAUCAUUCAAUACCCUGACACAGAAGGACGGAUUCGGAACAUCGAAAAGCUGAUUGCCAAGGCACACGAACAAGGAGCACUGGUGGUAUUGGUUUGCGAUGUGAUGUCGUUGACGCUUCUGAAGUCGCCAGGAGACCUCGGUGCUGAUGUAGCUGUCGGAUCUGCGCAGAGGUUCGGUGUUCCUCUCGGUUAUGGUGGGCCUCAUCCAGGUUUCAUGGCUGUGGCACGAGAUUCGAAAAACUCACUCGGGAGGAUGAUGCCAGGACGAAUCAUUGGUGUAUCCAAAGGAGCAAAUGGAGAAAAAGCACUUCGAUUAGCUUUACAGACAAGAGAACAGCAUAUUCGUCGAGAUAAAGCUACUAGUAAUAUAUGUACAGCUCAAGCUCUUCUUGCCAAUAUGGCCGCUAUGUAUGCUGUUUACCAUGGACCUAAACGAAUCACGGAAAUCGCACAAGCCAUCCACAAAUCGACAGCUUUCCUUCAAUCAGAACUGGUCAAGGCCGGUCAUUCGAUAGCCCACAAGGUCUACUUUGACACCUUGAAAGUUACAGUCAAAGACUUGCAGUCAUUUAAGAAACGAGCCGAAGAAAAACAGAUGAACUUCCGGUACUUCGCCGACGGCUCCGUUGGUGUUUCGCUGGAUGAGACCACGAAACCGGCUGAUAUCUUGGAUAUACUCUACGUUUUCAACGGAGGUAGUAAGCUGUCGGAGAAGGAAGUAGCCGAUACCGUGUCCGAAACGGCAUCUCCUCUUAUUGGUAACAGUGAACAUGCAAGGACAAGCGCCUAUCUUCAACAUCCAAUUUUCAAUACAUACCACAGUGAAGCUCUACUUGUGCGAUAUAUCAAACGACUGGAGAAUAAGGACGUCUCUCUUGCUCAUUCCAUGAUUCCGCUAGGAUCCUGUACUAUGAAGCUAAACGCCAGCUGUCAAUUGAUUCCAAUCACUUGGGAUACGUUUAACGGUCUUCAUCCUUUCGUACCACUUUCACAGGCAGCUGGUUUCCAGAAAAUCUUCAGCGAUACGGAAAAAUGGCUGUGCGAAAUCACCGGCUACGACAAAUUUAGCCUACAGCCUAACUCUGGCGCUAACGGAGAGUACGCUGGUCUGCUUACCAUCAGGAAGUACCACAUCAGUAAUGGACAAGAACAAAGAAAUGUAUGCCUUAUUCCAACAUCGGCGCACGGUACCAAUCCAGCUUCAGCUCACAUGGCAAAUAUGAGAGUGGUUGUAGUGGAAUCGGACAAACAUGGAAAUAUCAAUUACAAAGAUUUGGCCGCAAAGGCAGAAAAGUACAAAAACGAGCUGGCUGCUAUUAUGGUCACUUACCCUUCGACGCAUGGUGUAUUCGAGUCAUCAAUUCGUGAUGUAUGCGAUAAAGUGCACGAAUACGGUGGC